CACGUCUCCUGCACACAACGUGCUCAGAAAAAAAACCAACACAUCUUUCUUCUGCAAACGACUGACGUCAGUGGCGAGGUGCAGCUCCGACAGUUAGUGUGGCAGAGGCAGUCCCAAGAUUUGGAAGUAUUGAAAAUACAAUACACUGAAGGUAAUAAAGCACGUGUAGUGGGUGGUCCUCGACACUCGGGUUUCACGUGGCUUUGGCGGUCCGGUGCAGCAGCAGCAGCUUCAGCUUCAGCUUCAGCAUCAUCAGCAGACAGCAUCACGGUCAUGGCUGUGGAGAUGGAGCCCGCGGACGUGAUCCGCCUGAUAAUGCAGUACCUCAAGGAGAACAACCUCUAUCGCACACUGACCACCUUACAGGAGGAAACCACUGUCUCACUCAACACAGUUGAAAGCAUCGACAGCUUUAUAGCAGAUAUAAACAAAGGCCACUGGGACUCUGUGCUGCUAGCCAUCGAGUCCCUCAAGUUGCCCGACAACACACUUAUUGACCUCUAUGAGCAGGUCGUGAUGGAACUCAUUGAGAUGAGGGAGGUGGGCGCAGCCCGUUCCCUCCUCAGGCAAACCGACCCCAUGAUCAUGCUGAAGCAGACCCAGCCUGAGAGGUACGUCCACCUGGAGACCCUGCUAACCUGCUCCUACUUUGACCCCCGCGAGGCGUACCCAAAAGGCAGCUGCAAGGAGCAGCGGCGCAGGGCCAUAGCUGAGGCCCUGGUGAAGGAGGUCAGCGUGGUGCCGCCCUCUCGACUCAUUGGGCUCCUGGAGCAAGUCGGUUGCAUGAGACAACAGCAGUGUCCGGGUCACCUGUCCCCCGACGUGACCGCCGACACGUCUGCCAGCAAAGAUCGACAUGCCGCCAAAGAGAGCUUCCCCACACAGCUGUACCGCCACAUAAAGUUUGGACGCAGGUCACAUGUGGAGUGCGCCCGCUUUUCACCCGAUGGAAAGUACCUCAUCACCGGAUCUGUGGACGGCCUCAUUGAGGUCUGGAACUUCUACACUGGAAAAAUUACCAAGGCCCAAGACAGCUUCAUGAUGAUGGAUGAUGCCGUUCUGUGUAUGUGCGUCAGUCAAGAGUCGGAUCUGCUGGCCACAGGAGCCCAGAAUGGCAAAAUCAAGGUGUGGAAGAUCCAAAGCGGUCUGUGCCUGCGCCGGUUCGAGCAUGCUCACAACAAAGGUGUGACCUGUCUAAGCUUCUCCAACGACAGCAACCAGAUCCUCAGCGCCUCCUUCGACCAGACCAUCAGAAUCCACGAGCUGAGGUCAGGGAAGACGCUGAAGGAGUUAAGUGGCCAUUCAUCGUUUGUGAACGACGCAUCUUUUACCCGAGAUGGAUUCCACAUCAUCAGCGCCUCCUCCGAUGGCACCGUCAAGAUUUGGAACACAAAGUCCAGCGAGUGCAUUCACACGUUCAGAUCUCUGACGGCGACUUCGGACGUUCCCGUCAACAACGUGAUCCUGCUCCCCCAGAACCCCGAGCACUUCGUGGUCUGUAGUCACUCCAACACGGUGGUGGUGAUGAGCAUGGACGGGAAGACCGUUCGGACCCUCAGCUCGGACCAGGCAGAAGGAGCGGACUUCGUGUGCUGCGCCCUGUCCCCCCGGGGGGAGUGGGUCUACUGCGUGGGGGAAGACCUGGUGUUGUACUGCUUCCGCUACGCCUCGGGGACGCUGGAGAAAAAGCUGACCGUUCACGAGAAGGACGUGAUUGGCAUCGCUCACCACCCGCACGAGAACCUGAUCGCCACAUACAGCGAGGACGGCCUGCUGAGGCUUUGGAAACCUUAA